GCCGGACAGGGUGGGGGCUACAGAAGCGGAGCUGGCGGGGCGCAGAGCUGAGGGGCCCGGAGUGGUGCGUGGAGGCUGAGCGUGAAUAAAAGUAUCCAUGGAGAACUCUAAAAUCUCAGUGGAUUCAAAAUCCAUUAAAAAUUCAGAAACAAAGAUCUUACAUGGAAGCAAGUCAAUGGACUCUGGAAUAUCCUUGGACAGUAGUUACAAAAUGGAUUAUCCUGAAAUGGGGUUAUGUAUAAUAAUCAAUAAUAAGAACUUUUAUAAAAGUACUGGAAUGGCAUCCCGGUCUGGUACAGAUGUGGAUGCAGCAAACCUCAGGGAAACAUUCACAAACUUGAAAUACGAAGUCAGGAAUAAAAAUGAUCUUACCGGCGAAGAAAUUGUGGAAUUGAUGCGCAGUGUUUCUAAAGAAGAUCAUAGCAAAAGGAGCAGUUUUAUUUGCGUGCUUCUAAGCCAUGGUGAAGAAGGAAUAAUUUUUGGAACAAAUGGACCUAUUGACCUGAAAAAAUUAACACGUUUCUUCAAAGGGGAUUGUUGCAGAAGUCUAGCUGGAAAACCCAAACUUUUCAUUAUUCAGGCCUGCCGAGGUACAGAACUGGACAGUGGUAUUGAGACCGACAGUGGUAUUGAGGAUGACAUGGCGUGUCAGAAAAUCCCAGUUGAGGCAGACUUCCUGUAUGCGUAUUCCACAGCACCUGGUUACUAUUCCUGGCGAAAUUCGAAGGACGGAUCCUGGUUCAUCCAGUCGCUUUGUGCUAUGCUGAAGCUGUACGCCCACAAGCUUGAGCUUAUGCAUAUCCUCACUCGGGUUAACCGCAAGGUAGCCAUGGAAUUUGAGUCCUAUUGCCUUGACCCUACUUUUCAUGGAAAGAAACAGAUUCCGUGUAUUGUUUCUAUGCUCACAAAAGAACUGUAUUUUUAUCACUAAAGAAAUGGGUAGGUUUUUGUUAUUUUUUUUGUAUGCCAAGUGAGGAAGCAGUAUAAUUCAUACUGUAUUUUCUUCUCUCGUUUAAAUCUCAUCUAAUCCUCCAAGUGGUACUUUGAAACAUGCCGCUUUCGUCGCAAUAAAACUACUGUGAAGCUACCUCAAACUCAGAAUCAGGUAGUUGAAAUUGAAUUGAAUUAGGAGUAAAUAACAAUGGACAGUGGUGCAAUCAUGAUGAGAGAAAAUGAUUGUAAAUUAACGGCUCUCAUCGUUAGCAAUUUUUAGUGAUGCUAUGAUAUGAAUUUUCAAGUAAUCAUGGGAAAAGUUAAAUAUUGCAGUAAUGGAUUUCAGUGAUACUGAUGUGCUCUCACUUGAGUAUGCAUCCUGGUCUUUGUCAGACUAGAAACGAUGAUGUGGAAUAAUGUUUCCUAGAACUGUGCACCCAUGGGCCUGGCCAAAGGCUUGAGGCCCGUGACUUUAGAAUUGGUAUUUGGAGAUAAGUCAACUGUAUUUUUAGAUCAUUUAUCUGAGUGCAUGGUUUUGUGAUGUUUGUCCUGAGCAUGUCUUUGUUGUAAAGAGUUGUGUUUAAUAUUGAAAAAGAAACUAAAUAUUUUACUUGGGAGAAAGCAUGAGCACGCUAAGUUGACUCUUUUAAGACUAAAUACAACAUUAAUAAAGGGAGGCGUAGUUAGAACUAUAAGGUGCUGAAAUAUAGCUCGUCUACCAGCAUGUGUAUCCUGGCAUAUUUGUCUCUGUGCCAUCUGUUGAGCUUCAAAUACCAGCAAAGCCUCUGAAGAGCUGUUAUGUGAAAACCUCAAGUUGUUGGUCAAACUGAGUAGCAGCAUGUAUUGAAGAAAUUCUGUAAGAACAUAUUAAAAUACAACUUAUAUAACAAACAGUGAAUCGUAAGGAAGAAACAAGGAAUCAGUCAGCUGGGCAUUCCGUAAGGAGAAGAUGGUUUGAGCCUGAGCAGAACCAUGAUGCGGCUUCUAUGUGAUGAAGGCAGAGCCAGAGACCAGAAAAAGCGCUGCUGACUAGUUUCUUCAUAUGUACCAGUGUGUGUGGAGGAUGCCCCCAGGGCAGGAAUCUCCACGAAAGUGAGCCAAAUCAGAAAUUCCUGAAAUGGAAAUUUUCCAAAGAUGGUGAGGGUCACAAUAAAAACCAUAGUACUCUUUGUAGUCAAAUUUUUGAGCACGUUAAGUUAUUUUCUGUUAAAGUUUACAAUCAGGAAAAUGAUACCAUUAUAAUUAUAUACUGUUCUCUGAAAUGAAAGGACCAUGGUACAUAGGGCUUCAGAACCAUCUAGUCUUGCCCUCCUUUGGCGGACGGGGAAACUGAAGGCCAGAAAGGAGAAACGGCAUGGCCGCCAGCCACAGAGGCCGGGCUCCAGCCUCCCCAGUCAGGAGGCGCUGAGCCAGUGGCAUCCUGGUGUCUUACUGGUUGUCAGUCUGACAUUUCACGUAAGCUUUCUUGUGCUCAAAGAAAAGAACUCACAUUUAUAAAUGAUGGCUAUUUGUUUUGACUACGUCUGUAAUUUUUUCAAAGUAAAUGAAGCAUGUAAUGAUGACUCAAGCUAUGUGACUAUUUUGUAAAAAUUUAUUAUGAAUUCUUAUUUCAAAAUAUAAAUUCUAACAAAAUUCC